AUGGACGAUCAGGAAGUCCCCCUCCAAAGUCUUCCCGAUGAUGUCAGUUCCGAGGUUCUGAAAACUAUGAACCUCCAAGAAAUAAUCUCCUACUCGUUUCGUUCUAAACAUGCACAUGCUAUGGUUGUGGCUCUUGGAUUGCCGAUUGUGUUUGUGCAGAUAAGAAUUGAGGAGUCACCGGCGAUACUUAUGCACGUCGAGGGCAGUACAAUCAAGUUCACGUUGGAAAUGUCCAGAAACAACGAAAUGAUUACGAAUUUGGAUGACGUUCCUGUCAGUGUGAGAGUAUUGGAAGGAAAUGAAGAGAGAGACUAUGAGCCAAUUAUGUCAAACCGAAAAAUGAAUUUAGGAGAGUGGAUGCAACAUUUCCGUUCGUUUUCAAUGGAUUUUCAAGUCGAUUUUUAUGUUGGAAAAAUUAAAUUCGAUAUUCAAAGUCUUCGGAACACUCUUCCAAAUUUGCGAUGCAUCGGUAUAAACUGCUUGAAACAUGAACCGGACGAGAGCGACAUUUUGAACACUCAAAACCUUUUGAGAGCGUUUCUUCCCGAUGUUCAACACCUGAAACUGCAUCGUUUCCCUCUUCAUCUUUCGCUUCAACACAUCGGAAUAGCAAAUUUGAAAAUUUUGGAGAUAUACUUUCCAAGCGAUCUGUCCAAGCGAACCAACUUCGUUGAUAUUUCUACAUGGAACGUUGAAAGUUGUGUUAUCAUGACAAUGGAUGAUAAAAUGUCCAUUAUUGAUUUGAACCGUUUUUUUCAAAUUGUGGAUAAAGGGAUCCAAUCCAAGGUUGAAGGAUUUGUCCAUUUAUUUGCCCCCGGAGAUCAUCCCAAACUGUGA